AUGGUCAGUCUAGUGCCGAAUUUUACGGGCUAUGGCAAUCAAAAUCAUGAACAAAAAUACAUUUCACCGACCAUACACUUGAAAGAUCCAGUAGUUGACGAAUCUUUAAAAUUUCAUCAAGAUCAAUAUACUUCAUCAAAUUCUUCAAGAAAUCAAAUAGGGAAAAGAUUUGUUCAACCAAUUGGUUUAGAAGUAAAAGAAGCCAAUUAUAAAAUCAAUAUUCCAGAUUUUUCCAAUUUACCACCAUUACAAUUGGGAUUAAAAUUCAUAUCAAAUAUUAAUAAAAUUGAUUCAAGUAUACCUCAUGAUAUUUUUUAUUCAGAAACUUUAAGUAAAAAUGAAUCAAGUUUAGAUAAUUAUUAUUUUGAUUAUGAAAAUGGAUUAAAAGAUUUUUCAAGAUUUGAAAAAAUUCAACAAUUAAAUUUACCUGAUAAAUUUUUUGAAGAAUAUAAUAAAACUGAAACUAUAACAAAAAUUGGUUUAUUUCCUGAAAUUGAAAGAACUUGGAUUGCAAUUGAUAAUAAAUUAAUACUAUGGAAUUAUAAAAUUCCACAAUCUUCAUUCAAUAAAAAUUCACAAUUUUUAACAAUUGAUCAAAUUGAAAAUACAAUUUUGACUGUAAAAUUAGUAAAACCAAGACAAGGAGUAUUUUUAAAAGAAAUUAAUCACUUAUUAUUAGUUUCAACAACAGUAGGAAUUAAAAUCUUUAUUGUAAAAUAUGACAAGUCAUUUAAUAAUUUGGAAGUAUUCAAUCCUAAUUUAUCUGUUGCUACUCAAGGAUUAGCUGUGAAUCAUUUUGUAGUACAUCCAAAAACAAAUGAAAUUUAUUUUAGUGGAGAAAAUGAUGGAGUUAAUAUUUGGAGAUUAGAUUAUUCCAAUAAAUCAACAUUCACUAAAAAUAAAUGUGAUAAAAUAUGUUUAACAAAAGGUGGAUUAUCAAGUGUAAUUCCAAAUAAAUUUCUGAGUUUUGGAUUUUCUACAUCAAAUGGAUCAACUAAUAACAAUGUGGAUCAAAAUUUGGCAAAUAUACCUGAAAAAAUAGCUCAAUUGGAAAUUGACCCAGCAAGAGAUGUAUUAUAUUCCCUUUCCAAUAAAUCUGUAAUUAGAUCAUAUAAACUUCAAGCAAAACAAGAAUCACUUACGGAGUCAAGUCAAUUAACUCCAAGUCAAAUAUUUAAAUCAGCAUCUAGUCUUUUUGUAGACACAGCUAAUAUAAAAGUAUUUGAAAGAUUUAAAAUCAUUAGCAUACAUGUCAUACCGCCUGAAGAAUCUUCAGUCAUACAAUUAAUAGCAGUUACUAGCAACGGUUCAAGAAUUCUAUUAAAAGCAGGUACUACAUCCAGUUUUUCAUCCUUACUUACUUCAACAUAUUCAUCAUCUAAUGCAUUAAGAUUGAACCUUGUGAAUAUAAAAUUCCCACCUACUAGAGAAAUUCCAACAGUUAAUAAUGAACUAGACGCAUUUACAAGAGAUAGACAAUAUAUAUCACAAAUCAUAGCAGAUCAACAAAAAUCUCAACUUCUUAAAAAUACAAAACUAGCUAAAAUUAUAAGUCCUGGUGUUUUUCUUUGUGUGAAAAAGACUAAAAGAUCUGAUAAAUUAUUUAUUGCAACUGCCAACUUUGGAUAUUUGAAAAAGAAUAAUAAAUUAGUUGAAGAUGCUGAGUUCUUAAAAUAUACACUUAAUGAUGAUCUGCCAUAUACUUAUAUACAAGACAUUGUUCAAUUAACACCAUCUAUGAAUGCAACAAAUACACCCAAUGGUUAUGCUAAUAUUGCUGCUAGUCAAUACACAAAAGAACCUUUAAAAUUUGCAAUUUUAACAAAUUUUGGAAUAAUUAUUUAUCAAUUUAAAACAUCAGAUCAGAUAUUAAAAUCAUUAAAUGAUGAAAUUAUAGAAAAUUUUAUUGAAGAAAAUGGUUAUGAAGAAACUUGUUCAACUUUAUUAUAUUUAGCAUGUUCAUAUGGAAAUUCAAAUGAAUUUUUUGAAAGAAAAGCUCAAGUUUUAUUUUCAUCUUGUGGAAACAAUGCAAGAUUAAUGAAUAAUCAAUCUGGUGGUGCUCAAGCUACUAGUUUAAUCCCUCAUCAUCAAUUGUCAAAUAUUUCUUCUUCACAUCCAACUGUUGAUCAGGUAAUACUAAGUGAUAGAUUUUAUGGUACAUGCUUAUUAAUAGCUAGAUUUCUUCGAGAUAUUUGGAAUAAAAAAGUAUUUAGUCCAAUACCAACUGCUAAAAUCACUCCAUCGGGUGAUAUAGAAACAGCAAGUAUAAAGGAUCAUAAAGUUAUAUUAAAAAGUAUCAACAUAGACAAAAAACAAAUUGAAUAUUUCAUUGGUACCAUUGUUGUCUUGAUAGAUUUUUUUGUUGAAAAUGAAACCAGUAUACAAGGUUUGAAUGCACCGAAUUAUAGUACAGACCCUAGUCAAUUUGAAAAUGAAGUAUGUUUAAGAGCAGAAAGUAUUGCAUUCACUUCAAUUUUUAAAUCUUUAACUUCAAUGAAAGAGGCAUUUUCAUUCUUAAUGGUUUUACUUGAGGAAUUACAAGCUAAUAAUAAUGAAUUUAAUAGUGUGUUUGAUUUCUUAUCAUUACCCAAUCAAGCCAAUUUGUUGUCAAUUUCAUUCAGGGAUUUAUUGUUACCAAAUAGAGAGAUAAAAAAUUUAAUUAAAGAUUUGUUGUCUUCCAUCAUAAAUAGUAAUAUAGUGAAAGGAGGAUCAAUCGAUGUUAUUGCAUCUUCUUUACAAACUAGAUGUGGAUCAUUUUGUUCAACAAAUGAUGUAUUUAUAUUCAAAGCAAUUGAAAAUUUGACAAAGGCUAAAAAGAUAGGUUCAAGAGAUGUUGAUUUGAAAUUAAAAUGUUUGAAGAAUGCUGUACUUUUAUUUGAAGAGUCAUAUGAAACUUUGACACUUGAAAAUAUUGAAAAUUCAGUUGAUAUUAUGGUUGAUCUUGAAUAUUAUUCUGGAGCAAUUGGAAUGUUAUUAAAUAUUACAAGUAAAUUAGGUAAUAGUUUAAAAACUCCAAAUUUUGUUUUCAAUCAAGUAAAUGAAAAUUUAAUGAAGAAAAAUCAUCAAGAAAUUCAAACUAAGAUAAAAAAAUUAUAUGAAAUUGUUUUUAAUGUAUUAAAACAAGUUGAUCUUAAAGCUUUAAAAAUCACAGAAACCAAUAAUCAAUUGCAAAUCAAUGAGAUUUUAGAAAUAAGAGACGCUGCUUAUGAUACUUGUUUUGUUACAAAAGAUAAAGAGUUUCAAUACUCAUUUUAUGAUUGGUUUGUCGAUCAAGGUAUCAGUGAUAGAUUAUUGGAGUUGAACACUCCAUACAUUUUACCAUAUCUUGAAGAAAAAUCAGAAAAUAAUAUUGCUAUGAGUAAUAUACUCUGGUUAUAUUAUGCCAAAAGAGAAAAUUAUUUUGAUGCUGCUAAAAUAUUAUAUGCAUUAUCCAUAUCACAAUUUAAUCUUGAUUUAAGUGAAAGAAUAGAAUAUUUAUCAAGAGCAAAUGGAUUUUGUAAUUGUGUAUGUCCACCUAAUUUUAGACAAAAAAUGAUUCAACUUUCAGCUACAAUUCAAGAACUUUUUGAUGUUGCUAAUAUACAAUUGAAUUUAAUAUCAAGAAUUGAAAGGGAUUCUAGAAUUAAUUCUGAUAAUAAAAAGAAUGCAGUUGAAGCUUUGAAUUACAAAAUCUUAUCUAUUAGUGAUUUAUUCAACACAUACGUCGAUCCAUUGGGGUAUUACGAAUUAUCAUUGUUAAUAUUCAAAGUUUCGGAUUACAAAAAUAAUGAUGAUAUAUUGAAGAGAUGGGAAUUAUUAAUUGAUAAGAUUUAUCUUGUAUCAGAAUCUUCCAAAGAACCAUUUUAUAUUUUACUUAAUGAUGACUUUACUAUUUAUGGUCCUAAAUUAUCUUCAAAUGAUAUAGUUUUUCCAAUAGAUGAAUUGAUCAAACUUAUUGGUAAAACUUUACAUAAAGCAAUAAAAAAUAAUCCAGUAACUCAGGAACCACCAAAGGGGUAUCUUGUUGAGUUGUUUGUCAAAGCAGGUGUGAGCUAUGAGAGAUUGUACUACAAUAUACGAUCAUUGAUUGAGCAUAAUUCAUUUGAUAGCUCGCAAGGUUUUAUUGAAUAUUUGAAAACUAAUGAAAUGACAUAUCUAAUUAAAAAAUGGUAUUCUACGGAUAAAAAAUUAAAAGAAUUAAUAGCUGCUGAACAAAUGGUCAGUUAUGGAAACGUUUACUCGCUUGACACAGAUCCAAUUAAAAAUUCUGUAUUUUAA